AUGGCCCAAGUUCCGGACGCGUCUACAGUGCCAGUACCUGAUGUGAGCCCUGAGGAAGAGGCUUUGCUGUUUGGGUCUCAAGGACAGCCGACAGCACCUGCUGGAGGAGCGAACCCUUUUGCGUCGCCUCCGGCAACUCCAGCUCAAGCUCAUGCUUCGCCUGCUGGAAGCCAAGUGGGUGGAGUACAAGCUGGAAAUGGCCUUGGUGAAGGCAACUUCCAAGCCAUCUUCAUGGAAAUGCUAAGGCAACAAAGUCAGGCCAACCAGCAGAACCAGCAGUUGAUAGCUGCCCUCAUGAGAAGGAUGGAUUUGGAAGAGAAGCGUCGAAAUGAGGCUGAAGAGAAGGCAGCGGAGACCGCACGUUUGGUUGCGGAGGCUGCAGCUAGAGCCAAGACGGAAGACCCUUUUGCAGCUGCACCGAGCACACCUUCUGUGCCUUUUGCAGGAGCUACCUCGUCUUCAAGUUCUGUUCGGAGCCCACUGGUGCAGAAUAGAGCGGAGAAGUACCUUCCAUCUCUGCCGAUGCUAGAGCAUCAAGGCAUGAACAAGGGCAGAAUGCGAGAAGUCGAGACAUGGCAUGCCUACUUGGAGACACUGUCAUCGUGGCUUGCUCUUCAAGAUGAGUCUUUCGUUCGAGAGUUGCAACUCUGCGUCAAGCAAAAGAAUGAGAUCCUUCAGAAGGAUUUGGCGGAUGAUGUUGCUGCUCGAAGCGUCUACAGUGCCUGCGGGUUACGAGCCUGUGGGGACCAUUCACGCAGCAAUUACAGCAUUCGUGUCUUUCGCAUGGAAAGCUGUCUACGUGCGGGGAGCAGUGGCAUCAAGUUGGGCGACAUUACGAUGAAAGCAUCAAAGGACGGACGGCAGGACCGCAAUCCGUUUCACUUGGACGGGACGAGUGGGAACGAGGUUUUCUCGUGCCGGGGGAGCCAAGCUUGGGAACUGGUUCAGAGUUUGCGUCCUAACGGCAGGCUGACCGAUGGCGUUUUUGCGGCAAGCCUAUGA